UCAAUAACUGCUGGAAUAGGCCUAACCAUGAAGACUGCGUGCCUUGCCAGAAUACAUCCAACUAAAAACUUACAAAGGCUCUGUAAGAGAAAAAAAUAGCUUAAAUCUGCCGUUACGAUCCUAUAAAUUCCAACUGGCCCAGCACUCCCCAAUUCUCGCGCGCUCUCUCUCUUCCCCUCGCCGUCGACCGUUCCAACGAAUCCACCGCAGUUGCCGGCCAAGAACCGUCGCCCCAAAUCCUUCAUAAGCAUUUCACAUAACUUUUAUUCAGUCUUCUCCCUUCGUUCCACCUCCUUAAUCCUCCAUCACCAUCACCCGCCGCCGCCGCCAGUCGCCGGGUCUCCCACCCCCAAUUUUCUCCGGCGAUCGAACUGGCCGCCUUCUUACUUAUCUAGGGCUUAUAACAAAAAACCAAGCCGACUAGAAUUUUGAAUCGAAGCCAAAUCGACGUAGCGAAUCAUCCGGAAAUGAUCGGCGUAAGUCUUUACUUUUGAUUGCGAACGGCGAUUGGGCGAAUGACCAACCACCGACCCGUGGCCUUAACCCCUCGGGCGCCAGCGCGGGACGAGGCUAAACUCAUCAGAUCCGAUACUUCCGCGACAUGCCGGCGGCAGCCAGUGAUUCUUAAGGAUUCAGCUCGGCCCAGCGUUCGCUUUGCGGAACUUGCUGGCGGGAAGACGGCGGAGUGCGCGGCGAUCUGCUGCUGCUGCCCCUGCGGUCUCAUCAGCCUUAUCAUCCUCGCCGUCGUGCGGCUCCCGGCGGGACUCUUACACCGUGUUCUCCGGAAGCGUAUCCUCCUCCGGCGAUCUAAGAAGAAGGCGAAAUUGCUCAGUUCUAGCUCCGAAUGGAACUCCGGGUCCAGUUUGGGAUCUGGAUCGGAUAACAGAAGCAGCGGGUCGUCCAACAAAAUCGGAUCCUUCUCGGAUGAAGAGUUUGCUGAGUUCCCCGGUUUACGCAGCGCCCUCGUGAUGGUGGUCGGCGAUUCGUGGCCGGUAAGAUCGCCGUCGGCGGAGUUGGUUCAGCUUGAGAAGGAUGUGUGGUCCAAAUUUUGCAAUAGCGGAUUCUGGAGAAGCCCGUCGCAGAGGGAAGAUCACUUAACGGCGCAGGCGACGGAAAUUUAACGGAGCCUCUGGUGGGUUUUCAGUUUCUACGCACAAUGAAACGGGACCUAAAAUAUACAUUAAAGAAAAUGAAAGCCAGUGCGCCGUUUUCCUUCUGUUACUGAAUUUAACAGAAAAGAAAUUUGAUUUUGCGACUUUAGUAGGUAUUAUAUAUUUAUAUUAAUAAUUUAAUAUUCUGAAGC